AUGAGGAAAGUGGUCGGCGAAAAUCUACUAGACAACGCCGUAACCCUUUUGAUGAGCGCUACUGGGAACUUAGCGAGCCGCCAAUGUCACCGGCAGUAAGUUUCCAUAUACUUACGAAGGUUUCUGUUUAGGAUCAAAAAGAUUCAGAUAGAGAAUCCAGCACGACGACCGACUAAGUACACAGGUAAUGCUAAGUCACACUAAUUUUCUUUGUAGUGUGCCCUGACCUGUCCUGCCGGGCAAUGAUUACUGAUAUGCAGGCUCAGAUGCGGCGACAAGGAAAAACAAUUGAAUUUAUGCGUAAAAAACUGGCCUGGCUCAUAAAAAGCAACUUAAGAAUUCUUGAGAACCUGCACACCAUGAAGGUAAAUGAUAAUCGCCGACAGCCCGCCCCAGGAAACUCGGAGGACGCCCUCCCUACCAACACCCUAUGGCGGCCCAUUUGCACAAAGUCCUACAUCCUGGAGGUCAACAGCAGACUGCAGGACCCACAGGUCAAGUCUCAUCUGGUAAGGCUUAUCAAAUUUCAUGACAUUCAUUAACCAACUUCCUGGUAUGCCUUGGUGGACGUAACACCGACGACUUCGUGAAGAGGGUAUUUUAUGCCCUAUUUGACGACGAGGCAAUCGUCCAUACAAAAUUCAGGGGCAAAAAGAAUAAAGAAGGCCUGUGUGGUUCACAGGCGUAUGAGGUGAAAAAGGGUAGGCCCUUGCUUAUAUGUAACUCUGCAUGCUAAACAGACAUUUACACAGCUUGAGACAAAGGAGGGCGGGUGGACGUUUAUAAACUCGAGGCCGCCUUCACAAGGCAGCUGAAGAGAUCCCUCGACGCCCAACGAAAACGCUGUUCUCAGCCAAAUUCUAUACCAGAUGACUCUGGUGGUUAGUGAAACUAAACUCUUAUUACACAUACUUGGUAUAGAAUCGUCAGCAGCCGCGGGAGGAGUUGUGCCGAUAAUACUUGUAAUUUAUAUUUUUAUAAUAAAUCCUUAUUUUUACUUCGUCAAAACGCCUUCAUUCAACUUUCUUGCGGAAAGCGGGGUAACGUAGUUCGUUUAGUAAUAUAUCGGAUGGGAAGUGCGUAAAAGAGCAUUGGUAGGUGCUAAAACAGAAAGGUCGCAAAGUAAAGGUGUCCCGCAGCUGCAUAGCGCCGUAUCGCGACUUUUGACUGUUGUUUCCAUGGCGACCACAUGGACAAAAGCCGCUAUAAAUCGGUCGUUGUAGCGCGGCUUUUCCACAGCGAGGCGCCGUCACCUCGCUAUGGAAUUGCUACCCUAGUAGCAAUAGAUAUCGAGUCGAUAUACGUGAAUAGCGAUUUAUCGAGAUAUCACGUAAUUGGCCACCUCGCUCAUGCAAUCUGACAUUUCAUUGGUUGCCGUUCUUUAGUCGUCUAUCGAUUGCGCGCACACGCGGCCGCGCCAUUAUUUCGCGUGAGCGGCGUGGAACGCGUGAGUUGACAGUCCUUGCACUUACUUUCCAUUACUGAUUUAUAUCUCUUGUUUGCUACUCUUCCAUGUUAACUAUGUUUAGGCAGGGAUCCCGGAGAACACGAAUACGUCGUAUUAAGAGGUAUGGAAAUGAGACUUUCCAGUAAGUGAUGGAAAAUAACACCAGUAUACCUUUUUAGGAGCCACAGGAGAACGCCGAUGACUUUCGAAACCAAGUACUGGACAAUAGCUUCCGAAAGCAAUUGGUAUGCUACCAUAUUUGUAACUCCCUCUUGCAUUAGACGUCCUACCUCACAUGCCUUGGUGGGCACAAUGUAGAUGACUUCGUCAAGCAAAUGUUCAAGCAGGAUGUUCAAUGA